AUGAGAUUCUCAAUCCCCCUCCUCCUUUCCUUUUCUUCUCUUGCCUUCGCUCUUCCAGUUGCAGAAUCGGAAGUCGAUGCAGCAGUUGAAGUUCAAGCAGCAGCCCAGGUUACAACCACUGAGCAUCUCGCUACGACCGCACACUUUUUUAAAAAGUCUGCUGCUGCCGUUGUAACUACGGAAAAUGGCUUAACUACCGAUGCCUGCAAACCCGUCAUUGUGAUUUUCGCAAGGGGUACUAAUGAAGAGGGAAAUGUCGGCCAGGACGUCGGACCCUACGUCUUCACCAACUUGAGAUCUGCACUCACAACUGCCAAAGUUACAGUGCAAGGUGUUGAUUAUUCCGCCAGUGUCUUAGGCUACCUCGCCGGUGGUGACUCAGCCGGCUCCAGCACCAUGGCCACCCUCAUCAACUCCGCCUCCACCAAAUGCCCCUCCGCCAAACUCGUCCUUUCCGGCUACUCCCAAGGCGCGCAACUCGUGCACAAGGCAGCCAAAACACUCUCUGCAGCUGUAACGGCCAAGAUUGCCGCAGUAGUCGUGUUUGGUGACCCAAACUACGGCCAGACUGUGGGAACAGUCCCAAGCAGUAAGGUGUUGAGCAUUUGCCAUGAUCAGGAUAUCAUCUGCACCGGAAGUGGUGGAUUUACUACACAUUUGACAUACUCAAAUGAUGCACCAACCGCAAGUGCAUUUAUUGUCAAGGCCGUCGGAUCCGUUUAG